AUGGCUACUCUCAACCUGGAAGAUGACGAGCUAAAGACUCUCGAACAAACGCUGAGCAAGGUCGCGCAGCUAUCUAGCAGCGUUCAGAGCUUCAGACAGGAUCUUCUGAAGAGCAACCCUCUGCCGCCUCCGAAAUCAAUUCAAGCCUCUGCGAAAAUUCUCCAGAAGAACCUUAGAUCGCUUCUUGAAAGCACGAACGAGAACGCAGACUUGUUCAACCGGAUGGCCAUCCAUCCCUCGACAAAUUACCCCGGCCGACUUCAGGAGAACGUUCUCCUUCAACUCCUGCGAAAGAAAUUCGAGCCCGAAGUAGAGGAGCUCGUCAGCCAAGGGCUGGAAACCGCCCGACUCGCGACGCCAGCUGGCCUCGAAGACCUAGAGAACAUAUGGAGGGAACUACGAGCUUGGCUUACGGAACGUGUGGGUUAUUUCGCCACCAACGAGAAUAACGAUGUCUACACAGCGGAGGAGCGCGCAAAUGGAAUUGAGAAUGUGCGAACAGGUCUAAAGAGGGAUGUUGACGAAGGUGACGACGAUGAUGAUGAAGAAGAAGAAGAAGAAGAGGAGGAAGAAGUCGUACCGGCCCCAGUGGUGAAGGUGAGAGGACCGGAGCCAGAGACGUUGCUCUGGUUUUCAGCAAGGGGAGACUUUGAGGUAGCGCGAAACGUCGAGUAUAAGCGCAAGACGGAUGUCUACAAGGGUCUUCAAGGUGUCAACAUACCGCCCAGUGAAAAAGAGCAACAACAACCACCACCACCACAGGAAGGAUUUGUUCCUUCGUGA